ACCCAUCGUCUAAUCUAUCUCCCAUUUUCAAUCCUUUGCGGCUUCUCUUUUCUUUCUUAUAUUCUCUCCUUUUUCUUCAUUCCAUUCAUGUACACGUUUGAUUCUUGAAUUGAAAUCUCUCUCUCCUCUCUCUCUCUUCUUUCUCUGUAGAACAUCAGAACAUGUUUAUGUUUUAUAAGUAGAUCCUGUGUCAGAAGUUGUCAGAAACUGAGGUUUUUGCUUUUGUCCUAGCGAAGGCCGGCCCCCUUCGUGUCAGAACAAGAUCUUUUUAUCUGUUUUUGUUCAUCUCUCUCUCUUCUCCUCUCUCUCUCUCUCUCUCUUGUUUAUAUAUCCCUCCACCAAUUCAAACCCUAAAAACCCCGCAACCAUUAAUUGCAAAGCUCAAGCUCCGGCCGGCCAUGGCGUCUCCCCACCACUUACCCUUAAAGCGCGCCUCCGUCAAAACCCGCUUCGCCCGCACCUUCCUCCGGGCACUGCACAACCUCAACGCCGGCGCCGCCGCGCAGGAGCGCCGCAGACGGUGCCGGAAGAUAAAGCUCGCCGCCUACGCCUCCAUGGCCUCCGCCGUCGGGCCGCGGCGCGCCUGGAGCCGCGCCCUGCUCUGGAGGAUCCGUUCCCGCGCCUCCCUGCGCCGAAUUCCGGCCGCCCAGAGAAGUAACCAUCACCGCCGCAAGACCCCGCCGCCGCGGCCGCGCCGUCCGAGGAGAUCGAGAAACGACGUAGUACGAGGUGGUCGUUUGGAUUCCGACAAGGCUAAAGAGCUCCGGAAGCUCGUUCCCGGCGGCAAAGCCAUGGAUUUGUGCUGCUUGCUGGAUGAAACUGCGCAUUACAUAAAGUGCCUUUCGUCGCAGGUAGAAAUCAUGAGAAACAUUGCCGAUCUUUUCUCAACCUAAACCAAAACAAAAAAAAAAAAAUCAAUUAAAAUAUUAUAUUUUUA